AUGUUUAAGGCUUUAUCCCGGGUUGUGCAGCUGCGGCUGCUGCUGCUGCUACUCUGCGGUUGCAGCUGCUGGAGGCAGAUUGCAUGCACGUCGCUCCAGCAACGCGGGGUCGUCAUCACGUAUACAGGGGCAGUGCAGCAGCAGCAGCAGCAGCAGCAGCCGCAGGGUCAGUGGCAGCAGUUGGAAUAUGCAGUACGACUUCCAUUUGCUUUUGCUUCUGUACCCGGGAAGGGGUCAUCUUUCCUGCUUCAGCGGCAGGGCCCCUUGUCCAACACCAGCUCGCCACAACAGCGGCGGCAGCAGCAGCAGUUUCUACUGCUAUUACAGCAACAGCAGCAGCAGCAAAGCAUCGCUGCAUCAACUCGUUUGCUGUACCAAAUCCGCCUGCAAUCUCCUGAAGGGGAAGAGAAGGUUUUCGAGUGUGCUGAAAAUGAAUACAUUUUAGAUGCUGCCGAAGCAGCAGGCAUCGAGCUGCCCUACUCAUGUAGAGGAGGUUCCUGCAGCACCUGCGCAGGGAAGCUGCUUAAGGGUUCUAUUGACGGUUCGGAGCAGAGUUACUUAGAGCCGGAGCAGCAGCAGCAGGGUUAUGUGCUGCUGUGCACUGCAUAUCCUAAGAGCGACUGCACCAUUCUUACCCACCAAGAAGAUGCCCUCCAUUAA